AUGUCGGGAGGGUACGGUCAUGAUGGCGGAGGCGGUUCUGCGCCAUCGUCGUAUGGAGCUAGUGGUGGAUACGGUUCAACCGGUAGUUACGGAGGUGGUGGAGGUGGAAGUGGCGGAAAUUAUGGAGGAGGUGUAGGUGGUGGAGGUGGAGGUGGGGGGAAUUAUGGAGGAGGCAGCGCUGGUGGUUAUGGCGGAAAUGAAAGCGGCGGAGGUUAUGGAGGGAAAGGUAGCGGAAACGGAGGCGGCGGUGGAUAUGGAGGUGGCGAUGGGGUAGGUGGAGGAUAUGGCGGAAGGAGUGGAUACGGGGGAAACGAUGGCGGAGGAUAUGGUGGAAGAGGCGGCGGUGGCAGUAGGGGAAGUGGUGGAUAUGGAGGUCGAGGUGGUGGUGGUGGAUUUCAAGGUGGAGAUCGUGGUGGCAGAGGUGGAGGUGGUGGUGGUGGUGGUCGUGGCGGCCGUGGUGGAGGUGGAAGUGGCAGAGAUGGAGAUUGGCGUUGCCCUAAUGAAAGUUGUGGGAACGUGAACUUUGCCAGAAGAAAUGAGUGUAACAAGUGCGGCGCCCCAUGUCCUACAAGUGGUAAUGACCGCGGUGGCGGUGGUGGUAGUGGAGGAUAUAAUAGAGGAGGAAGUGGAGGGGGAUAUGGAAGUAACCAAGGGGGUAGAUCUGGGAACUAUGAUGGAGGUGGAGGGAGCAAUAGGGGUGGCUCAUACGGUGGUAAUCAAGGCAGAGACGAUGGGGGCUAUGGUCAAGCUCCUCCUGCUGCUGCUGCUCAGUCUUAUGGUGGUGGUGGAAACUACCCUCCUACUUAUGGUGGGAAUGCAAAUUAUGGAACAGAUGCUGUUCCUCCACCUACAAGCUAUACUGGUGGGCCUAAUUCAUAUCCUCCUUCAUAUGGAGGCAACACUGGUGGUUAUGGUGGAGAUAAUCAAGGUGAUGCACGGAGUGGUGGUAGGGGUGCACCUCCAGCUGGAUACGACAGUGGUAAUCGUGGUGGAGCUCCUGCCGAGUCAGCAGCUCCGGUGAAGCAGUGCGAUAAGAAUUGUGGGGAUACAUGUGACAACUCUAGAAUCUACAUCUCAAACUUACCACCUGAUGUGACUGUUGAUGAAUUGCAACAGCUUUUUGGAGGCAUUGGACAAGUUGGAAGAAUUAAGCAGAAGAGGGGUUAUAAAGAUCAAUGGCCUUACAACAUAAAGAUUUACACUGAUGAAAAUGGAAAAAACAAGGGUGAUGCAUGCCUUGCUUAUGAGGAUCCCUUUGCAGCUCACUCUGCUGGAGGUUUUUACAACGAAUAUGAUUUGAGGGGUUACAAAAUCAGUGUUGCGAUGGCAGAGAAAUCUGCACCAAGGGCUCCACAAGCAAAUAACCAUGGAGGCAAUAGGGGUGGCUAUGGUGGAGAUAGGCGCAGAGACAAUUCUGGCCCUGAUCGACGUGAUCAUUAUAGUGGGAAUCGUUCACGCCCGUACUAG